CUUUCUCAGGAAGCCUAGGUCAGAACAGAAGUGAUGAAUAGUCCAAUGCAUGUGGAGGACCCAUAUCUGAACUAAAGGGUGUGUGAACUCAGAUCUUUCACUACAGUUCCGGAGAUUCAUUCAUUUUCUUUCUUUUGCCUCCCCCUCCCCCCCCCCGUAGGGUUUGAACUCUCACCAGGUGGCUCCACCAAGCUUCCUGAUGAGUUCUUUUACUCAGUGGGAGAUUAUGUUCCUAAAGUUGUGGAAGAUAUCCCUGAUGGUGUUAAAGAACUUGGAGGAUUUCAACCAGCUCUGCAAAGAGAAGUCAACCCACCUAGCAGAAUACCAGUUAACAGGAAAUCAAGCAAACCAUUAUUCUCUCCCAACUUCACCAACGGUGACGGAGCUAAAAAAUCUGGUCUGGGUUUAGAAAAGACACACGUCUUGAAGAGUUUCAAAUUUCCACCUGUCGGAGAGGAAAACAGUGAACUGAAAAUGGAUGCCAAUCGCAUUAUCAUUUCAUCAGUCAAUACCAAGGACGAUGAAAUUGGGGUUGACCAUGCACACUUCAAGAACUUGAAAAACUUUUGGGAGAAAGGAGGUGAGCCUCUCUUGGCUAACGAUGCAGUGGAAAAAGCCAACCCCAUAGAGGUCAAUGGGAGGCCAUCCAGACUCAACCGAUCUGUCUCAUCCCAGUCCAAUCAAGGCCAGACCGGUGAUGACAAGCUUAGUUCCAACAUGCACACUAAAAUCAGAACCGUCUACAACAGAUCCAUGACCUGGUCUUCCAGUGAAGAUGAGCCCGUUUAUACCAGCCCACCAAGGAAAGGAUCAGGCUCCUGCAUUCCCAGAUCGUCCUAUGGCAGACGCAAAGGCUCAAUGGGAAGUCGGAGCCAUCUAAGUGAGGGUAAUGGGAAGCAGUCUUCAACGGAAGAAGAAAGGAAAGUCCAGCGUUCCACCAAGAGGUCAAAAAUACCUGUUUGCGUACCUUCGGUCAAAAUAGACACGCCCAUCAAAGGACAGACGGGAAUCAUUUAUGAGCCAGAGAUUCCCGCUGAUGAGUUUGUCAUGAUCGAAGAAAGCAAACGCAAGGUGGAUUCCUUGGCAGGAAGGGUUCAAAUCUUGAUCGAGUCCGUACCAUCAGAGGAGAUGGAUCCAGGGGUUGAUGUUGUAGGAAGACGUCCUGAUUUGGACCAUCUAGAAACGAAGGAGAUCCUGCCUGAAGCCGAAUUCGGCAGUUUUAUGGAGGAUCUUCCAGAAAAUGAAGUGGAGGAUGAAAAUCAAGAUAGUCAAGAAGUGGAAUAUUACGUGCCUUCAGAAGGAAAGGUUCCUCCUGCCCCCAUUUUCAAGAAAAUAAGACGCACCAAUGGCUGCAACCUUGCAAAAAGCAUGGUCAACCUUUACACAACCACUGAAACUUACACCAAGCCUCAGGUGCUGAGCCAUCAGUAUCUUGAGCCUGAAAGAGCCAAAGAGCUGAGCAGAUCCUCGCCUUUCCUCCUCUCUGAGACAGAAUCAGACACAGCUUCGGAAAUCAGCUUCCAGUUCAACAGGCACAAAAAGACAUCAAGCUUGGGCAGCCAUUCCUCUGACAUGGCGUCUGUUUCUUCGGUGAGUGGCAGUGUCCUGAGUGUGUACAGUGGUGAUUUUGGGAGUGUCGAUGCUCAGGGGCUGGUCCAGUUUGCCUUGGAUUAUGAUGAGAAGAACCAAGAAUUCCAAAUUUUUGUUUCCCAGUGCAAAGACUUGGCAAUUGUGGAGGAAAAGAAAGGAAGGACAGACCCGUACGUGAAAACAUACCUGCUUCCAGAUAAGGCAAGGAUGGGCAAGAGAAAGACAUCGGUGAAGAAAAGAACGACCAGCCCCGUUUACAACGAGGUGUUGCGGUAUAAAAUACAGAAAAUGGUUUUGCUGAUUCAAAAGUUGAACCUGUCUGUGUGGCACAACGAUCCCUUGGGAAGGAACAGUUUCUUGGGUGAGAUGGAAAUUGACUUGGCCAGCUGGGACUGGAGAAACAAUAAAUUAAACUGGUACAUGCUUAAACCACGGAGCCUCUCCGCCAUUAACGGUGUUGACCAUCGAGGGGUGAUGAAUCUUUCCAUCAAAUAUGUGCCACCAGGAAGUCUAGCAGGCCGCAAAAAUCCCCCAUCUGGAGAGGUUCAUAUCUGGGUGAAGGAUACCAAAGAUCUCCCACAGUUACGCCCUUCAGGAGUGGAUUCCUUUGUGAAAUGUUACGUGCUUCCGGACACCAGCAAGAAAAGUUAUCAAAAAACCCGAAUUGUCAAGAGAGACUCCAACCCCGUCUUCAACCACACCAUUGUGUACGAUGGGUUUCACACGGAAGAUCUGAAGGAUGCCUGCGUGGAGCUGACAGUCUGGGAUCAUGAAAAACUGACCAAUCACUUUCUCGGAGGGAUCCGACUAGGACUCGGCACAGGUUUCAGCUAUGGAAUUGCUGUUGAUUGGAUGGAUUCUACACAAGAGGAAGUAGCAUUCUGGCAGGAAAUGAUGUCAACGCCCAAUGAAUGGAUCGAAGGCUCACUCCUCUUGCGCUCCUUGGUUGGGAGAAGCAACUUGAAGUGACACUUCUUCGGCGGUUCAGCUACGUGGCAGGGAGAACACACUGAUGCCAGCUUUGGUUUGUUGUCAGGUACAUAAGAAUGCAAAAGCGACUUCAAGGGAGCCAAAGUUAUGGAUGCCACUGAGCCAAAGAAAGAUCUCAACAGGAAAGGUGCUAGCAUCACACCUCGCUUUAACUCCUAAGGCAUGGAAGAGCUACACCAUACUUUCGUGGUACGGAUGUUCUGUGACUUAAGAGCCAGUAGGCAGGGCUGAAGAGGUGGAAACAGGGGAUGGGGGAGUUAAAUUACUCAUGCAAACACUUUUUGCUUUUCUGCACAUGAGAAAAUGAACUGAAAUCGUGGGUAGCAGAAGCCUCCACCAACAAACUCACUGUGCACCACUUGAAAACUCUCUACUGGGAUAAAACUGUUGGAGAUGAAUGACUUUAUUCCAAGCUAAAGAAGGAGACCAUGUCUACGUGAUGCUCUCAAGCGCCUGGAUGGAAUCAUGGACUUUCACAAACUCUUUAAGGUCUUCUCGGUCAACCCUGUUCAUUGGAGGAACCAAGAUUAAAGUGUUCCUGACAGAUGUCUGUCCAGCCUCACCUUGGACAGCUCCAGCGAUGGUGAGGCCUCUUGGUCAUUCUUUCUGCUGCUCUUUACUGUUAUGAAACGUGUUCUGAAAUUCAGUCCAGAAUCUGUCUCCUAUGAUUUCACAUCUAACUCUUUGGAACCCGCGAGAACAAGCCAGUCAUCUGUCAGAGCUUCUGGCAAUGGGUGGGCAUUUGCUUUUUGAUAAGUGAGUGAAGGGAUAACAUGAUGUAUGUGACCGAGGACCUUGGAGAGGAAAAGAGAACUUGUAGACUCUUCAGUUUUAUUUAAGAGGAUUUUAACUUUCCACUUGCAAUUUAAAUCAAAACAUUCCUUUUCAGGAUGAUUUCAAAGCUAAAGGUAGCACUUUAUCAGGCUGGUGUUUUUUUUUAAUGCAUUGGCUUUGAUAAAACUGCUCAUUGUGAGCUGGAAACUCUUUUUAAUGAAUGGCUGGUCAACCUCUGCUGGCCAUUAUUUUAAAGCACACUUUAAAAAAAACACUUCAUGCUCUCUGUUUACUAUUCCUCUCUCUCCUACAACCCCGCCUUAUGAACUGUGGUUAACUAAAAAGACUGUUCUUGGGAUAAUACUUUAUGUAUCUUGAUGAAAUGGACUGCAGUCCAUACAAUGUCAUGCCAUAAUAAAUGUCUUAGUGUUUAAGAUGA